AUGGCUAAGCCGGUGCCGAGCAAGAAAGCCGGCAACGCAGCAUCGGCGGCGGUGGUGCCAGUUUCGAAUCCGUUCGACUUCCAUGUGUAUGGCCCCCGCAAGCUCUCGUUCACGAGCUGGAAAGAUCUUCUUAGCUCAAGCUGGAAGAACCCCAACUAUAGGCGGAUGGUGAUCGCGUGCUUCAUCCAGGGAGCGUACAUGCUGGAGCUGGACCGGCAGGAGAAGCGCGACGAGCGCACCGGCCUCGCGUCGCAGUGGUGGCGUCCGUUCAAGUACAGGCUCGUCCAGGCGCUCGUCGACGAGCGCGACGGCUCCAUCUACGGCGCCGUCCUCGAGUGGGACCGCCAGGCCGCGCUGUCGGACUACAUCCCGUUCCGCCCCACCCGCGCGCCGGCCGCCGUGGUGGCGCUGCGCGGCACGCUGCUCAAGGCGCCCACGUUCCGCCGCGACGUCGUGGACGACCUCCGGUUCCUCACCUGGGACAGCCUCAAGGGCUCUGUCCGCUUCGCCGGCGCGCUGGCGGCGCUGCGGGACGCCGCGCGCAGGUUCGGCGUGGGCAACGUGUGCGUGGGAGGGCACUCGCUGGGCGCCGGGUUCGCGCUGCAGGUGGGCAAGGCGCUGGCCAAGGAGGGCGUCUUCGUGGAGUGCCACGUCUUCAACCCGCCGUCCGUGUCGCUGGCCAUGAGCCUCAAGGGCUUCGCCGAGACCGCCGGCGAGCUGUGGGGCCGCGUGCGCGCCUGGAUCCCCUACAUGGGCACGCAAGCGGCCGACGCGGGCAGCAACAGUGAGAGCGAGGCGAAGGCGUCGCUGGCGCGCGCGGGGAUGGCGAAGUGGCUGCCGCACCUGUACAUCAACACCAACGACUACAUCUGCUGCUACUACAGCGACGCGGCGAGCGGGACGGCGACCGUCGCUGUCGGCAGCGGGGGCGGGAGCGGCACCACCAUGGCCGGAGUGGCGAGGAUGCUGGUUGUUUCCAAGGGGCCGAGCAAGUUCCUGGCCGCGCACGGGCUGGAGCAGUGGUGGGCUGACGACGUCGAGCUGCAGGUGGCGCUCAACCACAGCAAGCUCGUCGACCGCCAGCUAAGGUCGCUCUACGCCCAGCCGCCCGCCGCACCGGGCGCCGGAAGUUAGGCUUCUGAGACAGCAGUGUACUGGUGUUACUUGAUCUUGUCGAAGGCUGGGUAAUUAUGCCACGCAAAUCGACCGUUCAUAUAGCACAGAAAAGUUCAUCCGCUCUCAACUUUGCAACUGAGUUUAAUUCGCGGGACACUUCUAUUUCCACUUGGUCAACCCGACCAAUCCAUCACGGCCGUUAUCGAAAAUUCGAGGCUAAAACUCAAAUAAGUAGGUUUCUCUCAAACCAUUGUCAAACCGAGUUGAAUAUU